AUGAAGCGUUUAGGUGCAUAUUUUAGCUUAUCCCGUACAUUCAUCAGAGAAUCUUCCCAGAGACUUUGGUAUUAUCUGAAGGAGAAAGCAUCCCUUAAGGGCACAAACUAUGUGGAAUGUUAUUUUCGGAAGGAAGAAACCAGCUGUACAGUAAGCUGUAGUGCUAGCUUCUCUACAGAACUCAAGAAAAGUAUCAUUUCUAUGGACUUUUUGUUCAAUAUUUCAAGGCACCAUGGUGGUUCAAAGGAAUCCAAAGUACAGCAUCUGAACCAGCAUGGACAGAGUACUGUAGAUGUAAUGAAAGCCAAAGAAAUGUCAAGGAUCAAAGCUGAAAUAACAAAAAACAUGUUUUCACCAAUUGAUUCUGAUGCAAUUCAGGCUACAGCUGGACGAGAGAUGCAGGUAAAACUUCUGCAGUCAUUGGGACUGAAGUUUACACUGAUGACAGAUGGUAGCUUACCUAUCAAUUUGUUUAGCACAGCACAAGCCGUCCAACAGCCUGGCUCCUCUGAGGGCUUCUGAUUCAACAUGAUUGACUGAAGUGUAACACCUUUGUUGUGUGUACAAGUCAAUGCUUCAAAUGCCAUUCUGUCCGCUGAAUUCAAACUGGUAGAACCACUUAUAAUAAAAUUAAGUGAGGAAACAGAAAUGCAGGAGAUGGACACACAUGACAAACUUG